CUCUGUAUAAAACCCACGCGCACCGCCAGUCUCUCUGCACUGUCGCACUCGUCUUCUUCUAAUCAGCCAAGUAGCCAGCCAAAUCCAAAAGCUUUUUUUCUGUUUCUCCGAUCGUCAGCAGUUGAGGACGACGAUGCAGCAAGCGGUGGCAUCAUCCAACCUGCACGCCAUCACCACCUCCCCCGCCGCUCCAAGAAGCAGGUUCACAUGGACCAGCCGCCCUUCCUGCGUGGUGGUGCCACAGAGAGGCUCCGUCAAGGCGCGGUCCAUGAGGAACGGCUCCACGGAUAGCCUGGACCACCUGCAGCGGGCGUCCAAGCCCAGGCAGCAGCAGCAGGGAGGGAGCGCUCCAAGUCCAAGGAGACGCCUCAUCCAAACCACCCCAUUUGGGCUGUGGGACAGCUUCCCGGAGGCGAGGACGCUGGACCAGAUGGUGCGCACCAUGGAGCGCAUCAUGGACGGCGAGGGCGACGACGACGGCCGGGUCCUCGUCGUGCCGGCGGCGGUCGCGGCGAGCGCGGUGCCGCGCGCGGAGGCGGGCAACGGCGUCGCUGUGCCUGCUGCAGCAGGAGGAGGAGCUGCCACGGGCGCGGCGUACCGGCAGCGCGGCGGGCGGACGCCGUGGGAGGUCAGGGAGCGCGCGGGGGAGUACCUGGUGCGGUUCGACAUGCCGGGGAUGUCGCGGGAGGACGUGCGGGUCAGCGUGCGGGACCGGACGCUGGUGGUGGCCGCCGAGAAGGCCGCGGUGGCGAAGGAGCAGCACGAGGACGAGGAGGAGGAUGAGGAGGGGGAGCAGUGGCCGGCGGCGAGCUUCGGGCGGUACCGGACGCGGUUCGAGCUGCCGGAGAACGUGGACGUGGAGAGGAUCGCGGCCGAGGCGAGGGACGGCGUGCUCUACCUCACCAUCCCCAAGUUGUCAGCCGGGGGAAAGGUCGUCAACAUCCUGGUGCAGUGAAGUGGCCAGCUCCAAGAGAUCUACCACCUUCUCGAUGGAACGACAUGCAUCUGCACCGCUGUUCUAUUUUUGAUACUAGAAAUUGAGUAUGUCCGUAAAAUUACAUUUUAUGGAUGGACAUAACCUGCUGUGUCAUUGAAGAUCUCGAGACUGUGGGUCAAUGGGUACAUUUUUUUUUUGUAACAGCCGAAUCAGAAAGAGCUCGCAGGAUGUACAAUUGAGGUGCAUUCAUCGGUAAAGAACUUGCGUAAUACUC